GCGCAGUGGAUUAUACAGCCUCCUCUGUGCGUCCCGCCUCUCUCCGCGCAACAUGUUUAAAAAAGCUUUACUGCGGCUCUUGAACGCAGCUCAAAUCCCGCUCGAUGUUGACUCAAACUUUGUAUCAAACCAGUUAAGUCAGUUCCGCAUCAGCGUCUCAGAAGCAGCAGCCAUGGCUGGGGCUCCUCCUGUUAUCAUAUGGGAGCGUGAAGUUGAGAGCCUGUUGCAUUACAAAGAGCUGAUCCCCCGUCUGGAGGAGGCUUUAGGUAAGUUCUCCAGCCGGGACAGCGCGGAGGUUAUCCAGCCUGUGCGCUCCACGGUGCCCCUGCAGAAACACAACGGGUUUCUGGGGCUGAUGCCGACAUACAUGGAGAAUGACGGAGUCCUGUCCACAAAGUUAGUGUGCUUCUACAACAGGGGGGCUGGCUCCACUUUGCCAUCAGUGUCAGCCACAGUGUUGCUGCUGGAUCCCGAGUCCGGGCAUAUGAAAGCUGUCAUGGAUGGAGAGGCAAUCACUAACAUGCGUACUGCUGGAGCUUCAGCAAUCUCGGCUAAGCUGCUGAUGCGCCAUGGAGCCGAGGUUCUGGCCAUCUUGGGGACCGGCCAACAAGCCCUGAGUCACUAUAAAGCCUUCACUGAAAUGCUUUCAUUUAAAGAGGUGCGGGUGUGGAACCACAGAAGGGAGGGAGCGGAGAAGUUUCGCCGCUCAGUUGGCGGUCCCGUGACGGUGUGCGGUUCAGUGGAGGAAGCAGUGAGGGGAGCGGAUGUAAUAGUAACAGUAACCAGGUCUAUAGAGCCAGUGCUGUGUGGCCGGUGGGUCAAACCAGGGGCCCAUGUGGCAGCGGUGGGAGCUUGCAGGCCAGAUUGGCGGGAGCUGGAUGACUCAUUGAUGAAGGAGGCUGUGGUGUAUGCUGACAGCAGGGAGGGAGCAAUGGCAGAGUCCGGUGAUGUCAUCCUCUCUGGGGUUGAGGUGUUUGCAGAGCUCGGAGAUGUUAUUAAUGGGAUCAAACCUGCUUACAGAGAGAAGACCACCGUGUUUAAGUCCCUUGGAAUGGGAGUUGAAGAUGCAGUGGCUGCUAACCUGGUAUACGAGCAGUGGAAAGCCAAAGCCUACAAACUGUGAAGCGGCCAUGUACUUUUAACCUUUACACAUCACACAAAUGACCAAGAAUGAAGCCAUACAAGAACAAUUAUCAAGGAGCAAAAGAAAUAUGUCUGGCCUUUCCUCAGAGCUUAUUUUAAUGUUAAGCUUAGCUGUUAGCCGAUGAAUCACAAAGUCAGGGUAGGGAAGAAAGCAGAUAACUGACUUAAUAUCGAGGAACCUGAACAAAUCUACAACUGCACGAGUUAAGUGAGGCUGUGAAAUUAACAUGCUGAUGUUCCUCUAUUGUGGUUAUAGUGUUCACCACAUUGUUUAAUAUGGUACACUAUAAUUCAGAAAUAAUAAACCACAAUUGAGGCAGACUCAAAUGUCUGUUUUUUUUUUACUUUUGUAACACUUUCCCACCUUGGUUGAAAGAAAAAAUCUGGAGUAAAUCCAAGUUGAAAGGAAAUGAUUUAUGCAUGAAAAAAAUACGCUUGCUGAAGCUAAUAAAUUUGGAUCCUUGUUUUGUUUUUAA